CCGCGUCCUCUACUCCUUCCCGCUUCCCAUCUCCUACUCCACUUUCCCUUUCCCCACUGUCUCCUCUCUUCUCGUACUCGCCGCCGCCGCCGCCGCUUUCUCACCUCCAGCCAUGGUCGUGCUUCGGUCCCGAACAGUCACUCCACAAACCCUAGCCAAAGACACCACUCCCUGUCCCUCCGUCAUCAAGCAGUCCCCCGCCGUUCCUCUCCCUGUCUCUCCCGCCACUCCUCCCCUCUCCUCUUCCCGGCGGAGCGGCCGACUUGCCACCAGAUCGCCGUCCACCGAUGAAGCCCCUCUGACUACCGGGACCAAGAGGAGGAGGAGGAGGAGCACUUCAGCCGGUGUCUGCUCGAUUGCCAAGAAUAAACCGGUCGAUGAAGGGAAUCCGGCGGCGGAUGUUGUGAAACAGGAAGCGGAAGAGCCUGAAGCUCCUCUCCCUGUCUCUCCCGCCACUCCUUUUCUCUCCGCUCACCGACGGAGCGGCAGACUUGCUUCCAGAUCGCCGUCCAUAACCCCUCGGUCUACCGGGAGCAAGAGGAGGAGCGCUUCAGAUGGUGUCAGCUCGGAGAAUGAAGCGGUCGAUGAAGGGAAUCCGGCGGCCGAGGGAGUUGCUAGCGAAGGUAAUGUGAUUGCUGAUGGGGUGAAACAGGAAGCGGGACAGGAAACCCUUCAGGCUACCGGGCGCAAGAGGAGGAGUGCUUCAGCCGGCGUCAGCUCGAUUACGGAGAAUAAAUCUGUCUUGGAAGAGAAUCAGGCGGCGGAGAGGGUCGCUGAGAGGGUUAAACAGGAAGAACAGAGAAAUGAUGGGAAAGGUUUGAGUUUGGAGGAGAAUCGGAGUGUGAAGCGCACUAGAAGGUGGACCAGCGAAGAGAAAGGGAAGGGGAAAUUGGGGGAAGUGGGUGCGAUUGAUGUGAGAAAUGGGGAACUACGAGUUCCAGGAACCUUGAUAAUCGAUGAGGGCCGGGCUGAGCGUGAAGGAAGGCAAAACCCUACUUGUCAGCCUUCCACAGUGGUCACGGAAAAGGCCAACAGAGAAGAGGAAGAGAGAUUGAAGGAACGAACAAAGGAUGCACUGUCGAAGAAGACCGAAUCCGGUUCUCGAAUGGACCAGUUCAAGGAUGCAGCACGAAAGAAUGCUGCUCGAUUUGCUCAUUUCGAAGCUCAAGAGCAUCUGCAGGCGGCUCCUCCUGGUGUUGAAGCAGCUGAGCAAUCCACUGAGGGAGAUGAUGAGAAGGUUGAAGAUUGGCCAGGUCCAUUCUCGACUGCGAUGAAAAUUAUUAGGGACAGAUCAAAUAGGAUGAACUUGCAAAGUGAGAGAGCAACUUCGGACAAGGCCAACUCUGUUGCAAUAAAUUGGACUCCUAGAGGAGAUGUCGGUGGCUGUAAUCGCUCAAGAACUUUGGUUCCUUCGUUGGAACAGCUGUGCAUGGAAGGUCUUGCCAAAAAUGCUGAUGCAAUCACUUCACUUGACUGUGUUCCUGAUGUUUUCAGGCACAGGCUUUCCCAGUUGCUUUGCGAUUCUCGAAAGAUGAAUACACAUUUUCUGAAUCUUCUUGCCUGUGGCUCUCCUUCUGAGAUACGAAUCAGGGAUUGUUCCUGGCUAACGGAGGAAGAGUUCACAGAUUGCGUCCAGGGCCUUGACACCAGCAACUUAACGGUUCUUCAACUUGACUAUUCUGGGCGAGGCAUACCUGAUUAUGUUUUACAUUCUACCUUAGCCGCGUCUCCAGGAAGCAUGCCUGUAUUAAAUACUUUAUCCCUGAAUGGUGCUUAUCGCCUUUCAGAUAUUGGACUUAGAUCACUUGUUUCUGCUGCUCCUUCCCUAAGAUGCCUGAAUCUUAGCCAAUGCUCCCUUGUUUCUGCAACUAGUAUAAGCAUUUUGGGGGACUCAUUGGGUUCUAGUUUGCUAGAACUGUACCUUAAUGACUGCCAAAGCAUUGAUGCUAUGCUUAUGUUACCUGCAUUGCUGAAGUUUGAAAAUCUUGAAGUUCUAUCAGUGGGUGGUAUUGAGACUGUCUCUGAUGACUUCAUUACGUGCUUUGUUGCUGUGUGUGGCCAUGCGACGAAAGAGCUUGUUCUUUCUGACUGUGUGAAAUUGACUGAUUCUUCCUUGAAAGCCAUAGCUACAGCAUGUCCUCGCCUGCACUCACUCAACCUUUCAAAUCUGAGGCAGUUGACUGAUUCUGCACUGGGAUAUCUUGCAAAUGGGUGUCAAGAAAUACAAACUUUGAAACUUUGUCGCAACAAUUUCAGUGAUGAAGCUAUUGCAGCAUUCAUAGAAGCCUCUGGAGGGUCAUUGAAAGAUCUUUCCCUGAAUAAUGUCAAGCAGGUUAGCCACAACACUGCACUAUCAGUUGCUAGACGAGCAAACAAUUUGCAGAGUUUGGAUCUAUCGUGGUGCCGGAACUUGGCAGACGAGGCGGUUGGGUUGAUUGUGGAUAGCUGCCUGUCACUGAAGGUGCUCAAGAUCUUUGGGUGUGAUCAGCUGACGGAUGUGCUACUAUGUGGUCACUCGAAUCCAGUAGUGGAAAUCAUUGGGAUGAAGAUGUCUCCAGCAUUAACAAAUGUCAGAGUGAUUGAUGCACAGGCCUUCCCUGUCCAUUAUUCAUCAGUGCUCUCCUCCAUGUGAUUCGAACCUCUGUUAGAUAUGGAGGGUCGACCUGUUUGAACCUAGUUAGUGGUAGUAGGAUGUUUAUUUAUUUACUCUCGAUUAAGCAGGUACUAAGAAGAAGCCAUUUUAAUGAUCACUGCAUGUAAAUACCUUCCUGUUUGGAUCAAAGGUGGGAACUGGGAAGUAAACCUCAAAUUUUGAAGGGUGCAAGUAACCUCCUUUUGCUUUACAAAUAGCAAAUGCUGCAGUUUAUGAUUGAAUCGAAUGAGACAACAUGUAUUUGUAUUAAACUGAAGUAGUCACUGGUAGCAAGCAAUGAACAGCAGCAUUUUGU